CACAUCCGCUCUCUCUCUCUCUCUCUCUCUCUCCCUCUCGCGCCAACCUCACCUCCAUCUGCCCGUCCGUCCGUCCAUUCUCUGGCACUGUAGUCUUCUGCGACACACUCACACACCACACUCACACCCACAUAUACACCGCAUACACCACUACAUCCCCACCCACGACAAGGAUCGACUGGAAGCGCUGUGCGCCGAGCCCCGCAGUGUCAGAGUAUCUAUGAAUCGGUAGCCGAACCCGCGGCAGCGAUAAGUGCGUGCUCAGCAUCUCAACUCUCGACUCCAACCCACCAUGCCCGGAAAGCGGCCACUGGCGCAACGAUGCUUUACCUACUUCAUUGCCGCUGCCUUGAUCUACAUCCUAUUCUGCUUGCUCGGCGUCCAGAUUGACAAGACCACCGAUGAGCUCGAGUUGAUCGAGAGUGCAGCAUGGGUGCAGACGAGCAAGAGUUGGAUUGAUCGGCAGGCAUGUCGCUGGAUAGGCCUCUGCGGUGCCAUACACCUGCUGAAGACGAGCGCAUGGACCUCGGCGAACGUCGAAGACUACCUUCUUCCCGCUUCCCUCGACGACGAAAACACUGCACCGUGGUGGACCUCCGCUGACGUCGAUACAAGUGAGUGGUCCAAGGAGGAACGAGCCCGCCGCGAGAUCCCUCAAUAUGUGUUGGACCAUGCACCAUAUGUGCACCUCUUUUCGGGCGAGCAGUUUUGGCCGUGCGACAUUGGCGAACACCUGACGCACACCUCACCUUUCUUAAACUAUACGAAAAUCCUGGAUUUGCAGGAAGAACCUCGCAACCUCACGAAUCUUCACGAGCUCAACGACUAUAAAGACGGAGAACAUAGCAGGUUUAUGUACCUACAUAGUGACGACAACCCUGAAGAACGGCCCGACUGGCUGGUCGGUGGGAAAAACAUCCCCAAGAUGCCCGAGUCGUGGGAUGAUGUCGAUGAUGCCGAUGACGAGUGGGAUGCUCCACCUCCAGAUCUUGACGAUCUCAAGGAAUAUGACCUGGAGUCAUUAAAGCAACAGGCGCUGGACGACGCCUUUACGAAGCAAUCUUCUUCGACCACAGAAUCCGCGCAAAAUUUGCCCUUUAAACUCUCGCCCAGUCCCGACGGGCGAUGCGGCGGAAGCAGCGGCUUCACUUGCAAAGGCAGCAAGGCUGGCCGCUGCUGCUCCAUCUAUGGUUGGUGCGGAAAUUCCGAGGAAUACUGCGGAGACCCCUGCGACCCUCUGGCCGGAACAUGUUACGAUCCGUAUAAUCCGCCGAGAGGCCCGCAUCCGGACUUGCGCCGACGCACCACCCUCGACCUGAACGGCGAUAAGCACAAGCCGCAACAAGGUGGCAAGAGCUCAGCGCCCGCCAUCCUGAUUGUGGUACCCAAGGAGAACGGCAUCGUCGAUGCCUUUUGGUUCUUCUUCUACUCGUUCAAUCUGGGUCAGACGGUGCUGAAUAUCCGUUUCGGAAAUCAUGUCGGCGACUGGGAGCACACGUGCGUACGCUUCAGAAACGGCAAGCCGACUGAAGUCUUUUUAUCGGAGCAUAACUUUGGCCAAGCAUUCACGUGGAAGGCCAUGGAAAAGUACAUUCCCAGCCACGAUGGCUCUGGCACCAUGAUUGGCAGCUGGAGCAACGAGACUGCUGGCCGCAUGGCCAAGAGACCGGUCGUCUAUAGUGCCAUUGGCUCUCAUGCCAUGUAUGGAACACCGGGACUUCACCCUUAUAUCAUUCCUUUUGGUCUAUUACAUGACGAGACCGACCGCGGGCCGCUUUGGGAUCCUGCCCAGAACUUUCAGGCAUACACGUACGAUCCCGUGAACCGCACGAUGCGCGCCUCCAACUUGAAUCCCCAGUCACCCGUGGGUUGGCUGAGCUACGCCGGACAUUGGGGGGAUAAGUACUAUCCCUUAUCGGACCCACGCCAAUACCGCUUCGCGGGUCAGUAUCACUAUGUCAAUGGUCCAACAGGACCCCGAUUCAAGAAUCUGGGCCGCAGUAAAGUCUGCCAACGCCACGGCAGCUGCGAAGUACGGCAUUGGCUCGGAGGGAGCAAGAUGGCCAUUGGAAACCCUCCCGAAGAAGGCACCGAGGAUGGUACCAUACCAGGUGGCAACCAAACGGAAGAUUCCUCCGAACCUUCGUACAGCGAGGCGGUAUAUGGCGAAGGCAAAGAGGAGUACUCAUUAUGGACGAAAUAGAUGGGAAUGAGGGGAAUGAGUGGUUGGUGUGAGGUUUGGUUGGCUAGCGGGACACGCAUCAUGUCUCUCUCUCUUUUUCCUUUUUUUGUUCUUGUUCUUUUUUGUUGAUGGGAUUGCGUUUUAUUUUUUGGUCCUGCAUAAUAACCUGGUCAUGUGCAUGAAUAUGGAGCGACGAUACCCUAUGCUUUCCACGCGGCUGGAACGAGAUGGAGUACUACUACUACUACUGGCGCCACUGAUUAGAUCGAUACAGAUAGUAUGAUAGAUGAAUGGGGUGGGGUGGGGUGGAGAAGGGAAAGAGAAGGCCAUGAUGGCUCGAGUGGGCUACAUGUGCAGCUCUUUUGUAGAUAACGAAUUGAUGGGUUCCAUGACGGAAACUUG